AACGUUGGCUGCGGUCUAGUUUGUAUUCAAGAUGGACGACGAUGGGCUUCCGAUUAUCGGUCCGGGUGUCGAUUAUUCGAAGGUACCGCCAAUUCAACAGAAGAGGACGUUGGCAUUCUUAAAUUACUUUCUCACCAGAACUACUUCAUUCCUGAACCACUUUGCGUCGGUAUGUGACGAGAAAUUGGAAGACCUUCUGAUCCGGAUCCAGCGGCUCGAAGCAUCGAUGUGUAUUUUAGAAGCAAAGCUGGCUUCCAUUCCCGGCCUCGAAAAUGUCAAGGCGGACCCGGCGGAAACGCAGAGGACAGCAACCAAUCAGAGUGCAGCACCUAGCAAAUUGGCACCCACUUCAGCCAAUCCGGAGCAUGCACCCGACACUCAGGAGCCAAGUGCUACGACAGUAGUGGUGGUGGAAAACAAUGACACAAAUGUUUCCAAGACGCCGGUGGAGCCCUCUGCCACACCUCUAAACACGGUGUCAAAGGAUCCUAGGUUUUCAAAAUACUUCAAGAUGCUGAAUGUUGGUAUUCCAUUGGGUGCUGUGCAGAUAAAGAUGAGGUCAGAGGGUGUAGAUCCUGACAUCCUUAACAACCCUGAUGCACCGGCACCACCUAGAGGGGACUCAUCUCCGUGUCCGGCCGACGACAGCAACUCAGAAGACAGCAGCUUUAGCGACUGACACUGAUAAAUACCUAGAACUAUUUUUGCAUUCCCACAUUGUGUAUAUUGUGCUUUACCUUGAUUUCCUUGUUUGUUUUGUUUAUUUUUCAUUGUUGUUCAAGUUUAAAAAAUAAACUGUGAAUUGCUUGCAAUAUACAUAAAUGUUAUAAACAGGGUUUUGGUUGGAUCUGAUAUUCCUUCAAGUCCCUAAUUUUUAAAAAUUGACAUGGAAAGAGAGUGUGAAGACUCUGACUAGGACACGUGCUGGUGGCAUGACACAUGGUUUAUGUUUAGUCAUUGUGACGAGUACAGAACAAACAAGGGUUAAUGUUUCAUGCAAAAACCGUUUUGCGUGCCAACUUUUCUAAGCAUUUGCUUAAUUUUUUUUAAUGAUUAUUACUUCAGAAUUUACUUACUCUUGCAACAUGUUCAAUACUGGAACCAUUUCGUAGUGCUGCUAUUUUCUGGAGUAGCCAUGCAAGCACUUAAUUUUUUUUUUCCUUUUUCGUGGCAUAUAGAUAACUGCAAUCUUUGUAGACACUUGCAUCAUGGUUAUGAAGCGAAUAUGUAAACGGUUGAUACGGUAAAAGUUUUGGCGCCUCUUCACUCAUCUGUAAAUAAAUUAGCCACUAGUCGCAAAGACAUUUUGAUGUGUAGUUUUUGGGGAAUGAACUGAAGGUCAUGGAAAAUAUAUUUUUCUAUUUAGUUGAGUUUUCCUGUGCAUCCGUUUCCGAAUGUACGUUUUGUUGUUGAUGGCUUCCUUGGGACUUUUGAACUAUAUAUUUGUACAUUUGUAAAGUUGUCUCGCUAAACCUACCAAUAAACCUAUUUUCCCAUUCA